GAUGCCAAACUGGGGAGGAGGAAAGAAGUGUGGCGUGUGCCAGAAGGCGGUGUACUUCGCCGAGGAGGUGCAAUGCGAGGGCAGCAGCUUCCACAAGUCCUGCUUCUUGUGCAUGGUCUGUAAGAAGAACUUGGACAGCACCACUGUGGCUGUGCAUGGAGAGGAGAUCUACUGCAAGUCCUGCUAUGGCAAGAAGUACGGCCCCAAGGGCUAUGGAUACGGGCAGGGAGCAGGGACCCUGAGCACUGACAAGGGCGAGUCUCUGGGAAUCAAAUAUGAAGAGGGCCAGCCCCACCGACCCACCAACCCUAACGCGUCCAGAAUGGCCCAGAAAGUCGGAGGAGCUGAUGGGUGCCCUCGCUGUGGUCAAGCGGUGUAUGCAGCCGAGAAGGUGAUUGGAGCUGGAAAGUCCUGGCACAAGUCCUGCUUCCGCUGUGCCAAGUGUGGCAAAAGCCUGGAGUCCACCACCCUGGCAGACAAAGAUGGGGAGAUCUACUGCAAAGGUUGCUACGCCAAGAACUUUGGUCCCAAGGGCUUUGGCUUUGGGCAAGGCGCUGGGGCGCUCGUCCACUCGCAGUGAGGCACCAGCAGCUGGGCUCUCUGCUCGCUCAGGGCUUGUCCAGACCAGCCUGUGCUGCUCAACCCUUCCCGCACCCGCAGUGAGCAUCCUCACCAUCAAUAACCACCCGCUGCUUCGCAGCACGAGCCCCUUCCUCCCUGCCCUGACCCAGCGCACCCCGAAGCUGUGGGAGUCCCA